CGGGGCGUGCCGGGAAGAGGCCGCGCCAUCGCCGGGCGGUCGGAGCGUCGGCGCCUCCGUCACCGUCACCCUCGGACCAGGCUGUCCCUCACCGCGGCCCCAGGCACGCACAGCCCCCCUCCCCCCUCACUCACCGCGGCCCCAGGCCCGGGCUCGGCUCGGCACCGCCCGGCGGAGGAGGGAAGCGCACGGGCGCGCUGCAGAAAUGGCAGGCAGCGCGGGCGAGUGGUGCCUGAUGGAGAGCGACCCCGGCGUCUUCACCGAGCUGAUCAAGGGCUUCGGAUGCAAAGGUGUUCAGGUGGAAGAAAUAUGGAGUCUGGAACCAGAAAACUUUGACAAGUUAAAACCAGUUCAUGGCCUAAUCUUCUUAUUCAAGUGGCAGCCGGGAGAAGAACCAGCGGGAUCCAUUGUUCAGGAUUCGAGACUGGAGAAAAUAUUCUUUGCCAAACAGGUUAUCAAUAAUGCCUGUGCAACUCAAGCAAUUAUCAGCGUUUUGUUGAACUGUGUUCAUCCAGAUAUAGAACUCGGGGACACUCUUGGGGAAUUUAAAGAAUUCUCACAAAGCUUUGAUGCUGCUAUGAAAGGCUUGGCUCUGAGCAACUCUGAAGUUAUUCGGCAAGUUCACAACGGUUUUGCCAGGCAGCAAAUGUUUGAGUUUGAUGCCAAGACUGCAGGAAAGGAGGAAGAUGCAUUUCAUUUUGUCAGUUACUUUCCCGUCCAUGGAAGGCUGUAUGAACUGGAUGGAUUAAGAGAAGGACCAAUUGAUUUGGGAACAUGUAAUCAAGAUGACUGGGUCAGUGCCGUGCGACCGGUCAUAGCGAAGAGAAUACAGAAAUACAGUGAGGGAGAGAUCAGGUUUAACCUCAUGGCAAUUGUAUCGGACAGGAAGAUGAUAUAUGAAAGAAAGAUUAAAGAUCUACAGAGGCAGCUAUCAGAGGAAGAGCCCAUGGAUACAGAUCAGAGCACCAGUGUCAUCAACUCUAUUCAGUCAGAAGUAGCUAAAUUUCAGAUGCUGAUUGACGAAGAAAAUCAGAAAUUGAAACGGUACAAGAUUGAAAAUGUCAGAAGAAAACAUAACUACCUACCCUUCAUCAUGGAAUUGUUAAAGACUUUGGCAGAACACCAACAGUUAAUACCACUAGUAGAAAAGGCAAAAGAAAAAAACAACGCUAAGAAAGCUCAAGAGGCCAAGUGAAUCUUGUUCCUAAUAACUUUUGACCAUUUGCUGCUGUUAGUUCUGUUCUAAGAAGUGAACUCGGCUCGACUACCAGUGGUCUUCUCAAAGCACACUUGUAUUUGGAAUUAUACAUCUCAUACAAGUCUGUUAAUUGUUCCUCAUUUGCAUUAUUUGCAUGCAUUAUAUACCAUGUUUAAUACAAGUGAGAUUUUUUAAACACAGAUUUCCCCCAUGCAAAUUUUUCAAAGUGCUGCCAACAUUUUACGACCCAGAUUUUAAAGUCGCUUUAUUGUCUUGUGUUGAGUAAUGCAAUUGAUUUAGAUGCAUGUCAAGGUAAUAAAUGCUAAAUAAAAAAAUAUUAUUUACAAAAAA